AUGUCGACAUCUUCAUUGCGCCGCCAGAUGAAGAAUAUUGUACAUAAUUACUCUGAAGCCGAAAUCAAGGUCCGUGAGGCUACAUCAAAUGACCCUUGGGGCCCAUCUAGUUCUCUCAUGUCUGAAAUUGCCGAUCUCACCUACAAUGUGGUAGCCUUCUCAGAAAUCAUGAGCAUGAUCUGGAAGCGUCUUAACGACCAUGGGAAAAAUUGGCGUCAUGUCUAUAAGGCUAUGACACUUAUGGAAUACCUAAUCAAGACAGGUUCAGAGCGGGUUGCACAGCAGUGUAAAGAGAACAUCUACGCCAUCCAAACACUAAAGGAUUUUCAGUACGUUGACCGGGAUGGCAAAGAUCAAGGGGUCAACGUGCGGGAGAAGGCCAAGCAGCUGGUGGCCCUCCUUAAAGACGAUGAGCGUCUCAAAGAAGAGAGGGCCCAUGCCCUCAAAACUAAGGAGAAGCUGGCCCAGACAGCAACCGCUUCUUCUGCUUCGUCGUCUUUGGCAAAUCCCCCAGUAGAAGCAGAGCAAGCAUGGCCCCAGAGCAGUGGGGAAGAAGAGCUGCAGCUACAGUUGGCACUGGCCAUGAGUAAAGAGGAAGCGGAGCAGGUAAGCGCCAAGCCCCCUGCAGUGGCCGACGAAGACCUACAGCUCCAGCUAGCCCUUAGCUUGAGCAAAGAGGAGCACGACAAGGAAGAGCGGAUCCGGCGCGGGGAUGACCUACGCCUCCAGAUGGCCAUUGAAGAGAGCAAGAAGGAGACGGUCCCUGCUAAGGAGGAGUCAUCCUUGAUGGACCUUGCUGAUGUCUUUACUGCUCCACCACCUGCUGAUACGUGGGGUGCUCAGCCUGCUCCUGCUGACCCUUGGGGUGGCUCUGCCACAGUAGUGCCUGCAGCCCGCACGGACCCGUGGGGCCCCCCUGCUGCUGGAACAGCCCCUACAGGAGAUCCAUGGGGAACUUCCACAGCACCUCCUGCACCCCCCUCGGACCCCUGGGGAGCGCCCCCAGCUGCCAGCGCUGAUCCCUGGAAGGCCGAAGGUGGGACUUCUGUGUGGCCCACAACAGCACCACCCACAGACCCAUGGUCCUCCAGCACGGCUCCCACACCCCAAGGAAAGCCUGCUCCUGCUCCUUGGGCUCCAGCGUCCACUUUUUCAGAUCCCUGGGGGGGCUCCCCUUCUAAGCCGAGCACCAACGGCGUGGCACCUGCCAGAGGCUUUGAGCAGUUUGAUGACGGGGACAGGGAUGAAUUCUCUGAUUUUGACAGCCUGCGCCCAGCACUGCCCAAAUCUGGAAGCAGCACAGGUGAACUGUCCCUCUUAGCAGGGGAGGUCCCUCUCUCUCAGGCUGGCAGUGGCAAGGACAGCCCCAAUGCUUUUGAUAUGGCUGCCCUGGCUGGGUCACUGCCAGAGACCUGCAAGCCGAUGCGUAAAACUCCCGAGUCAUUCCUGGGUCCCAACGCAGCCCUGGUGGAUCUGGACUCGCUGGUUAGCAAACCUGCUGCUCCAUCCAGCAGCACCAAGGCUUCCAACCCCUUCCUCCCCCCUGGUAAGGGUUCAGCUCCCGCCCCAUCUGCCUCGGCCACCAAUCCAUUCCAGGCAGCAGCAGCCACCCCGCUGUCACUCAAUCAGCUCCGUGUCAGUCCAGUACUUCCGUUAUCACAGCCAGCGCCACCAGCGUUUCCUGCCAAAGCUCCAAUCGUCUCCGUGUCCCCCAUGGCUCCCGGGAUGCCCUUAGCCUCCGUUUCCCCCAUGGUGGCGGUGCAGCCCUUGGGGGCUGUUCCCCCUCUGGGGCUCCCUGCCAUGGGGCUGCCCCCUCAGAGCCUGCCCCCUGCCAGCGUUGUUUCCAGCAGCACUUCGGCCUCCACCCUGGGGAGCACCAACCCCUUUUUGCUAUAACUGGGGGACCUUUGGCCCGGUGUUGA